CCUGGGUACUGUAUUGAGGUACCUAAUUAAUAGCAAUCAUUUGCAGCAAAACGCGUCUAGGCAAGCCCUAAAUCGCGUCAAAGAUUGAAUCAAUCAUACCUCCAGGGCUACCUACCAAGGUACUUAUCAUUAUACCCACGUCAUUCAAUGAUUCCGAUAUACAAUACAUACAUGUUCAACAACUUUAAACUUCCUAUUUUCAUCACAUUACCGAUUAUUGGGCGCGGAUAGAUAUCAAUUGGGCGGGGAGUCGAGGUUAAAUAGAUUUUACCUACUUAGGUGCAUACACAAGCUAUCAUGAUCUAGAUCGUGACUCCUACAAAGAAAGUCUCGCGGAUCAACAAAGUUGCUAGCUGUGCUGGCUAGAUACCACUAGCCUCGAGUUAAAGGAAAAGGCUAUACAUCGCCACGAUGGCGGACUCAUCUACAAACAACAGCCGUACCCCCAAUGCCACCACCCCUCGAACCCUGAUAACCCCAAACCGCCGUGCCAUCAGUGCCGAUCCCACUUCAGGUCUCCGUCUUUCCGUCUCCGGUCGCCGCAAUAAACCCAACACACCACAUGCCCGCGCCGCUAUUCGGGCUAUCGACCAACGGCGCGCGGCUCUUUUCACGCCUGGCCGUGGAGGCCGCCGGCGGAGUGUCGCACGCGAGCGCCAGCGUGAGACGCCGCGAGACCUGCUGCGGAACCUUAGUCGGGUUCUAGCACCGACCUCGACCGCCGUGUCCUCGUCCUCAUCGUCCCCGGGGGCAGAUGCCAACUUAACAUUACAGACCCUCCCGGAGGAAGGUGAUGAUGAUGACGAUGAUUUCCCCAUCGAGCGGCCACGCUUCUCGCUCAACUUAGACCGCGACGACGAUGACGAUAGCGAGCUCAAACCCCCUCGAUCUAGUAUAUUGGAGGAUGAGAACUAUACAGUGCAGUCAAUCGAGUUGCCCCGUCGAGCUUGGAGCGAGGCUCCGCUGAGCCGCUUAGACCGAGGAAGUUAUGGGAGCGUGAGAAUGAGUGAUUUUGCGGGGCCGGACAUAGGCGACGAUGAUAACGAUGUUGGGAUUGAUUCAGGAUUUUUUCCACCGCCGGCAUUAGAUGACGAUAGUGGAGGGCUGAAUUUUGACGAAGACGCCAUAAUUGAACGGGUGGACGAUGAUACAAGACGUCUGACUAUAGGGGGGCAGGACGACUUUGGCCCGAUUCAGAUACCUGACCUUGGAAAUGAAAGCACCUUUGUUAUGGCUCCAAUGGAAUCGCCAACUCGAGAACAAACGAUGACGGAGGGUCUAGAAAUGGGAGACAUGCCUCAAGCAGAAGACUUCGGCGAUAGUGACAUAGGGGAGCCAUUUGGAUCACCGGGGGGGGAAGAGGAUGAUGCCAACGAGGUGAUGAACGACACGAUAAUAUCCCAGCGAAUUCCUACUCCACCGACACAGAGAGGGUACUCAAGGAGGAAAAAUGGCAAGAGGAUAUCGAGGCACGGCAUUGAGUACCCUUCCCUUCCACAGGGAGUGGUGAAACGAUUAGCGACGACACUUGCCAAAACAGCUGGAGUGAGCAAGGCUAAGAUUAGCUCUGAUACUUUGGAUGCGAUCAUGCAAGCGACGGAUUGGUUCUUCGAGCAAUUAGGAGACGACCUAUCAGCCUAUGCCAGACACGCUGGCCGAAAGACCAUUGACGAGAGUGACAUGAUGAUGCUCAUGAGAAGACAACGACAGACUAGCACAUCUACGACGCCAUUUGCCUUGGCACAACGACAUCUACCUAGAGAACUACUACAAGAGUUGCGCAUGUCAGUACCCCCACCGACGAAAGCUCCUCGGAAAAAACAGCCUCGACAAGUGGAGGCGGAAGAGGAGGAAGUGACAUGAAGCUAGGUCGGUCAAGUCCUAGAUUUCAUUAUAUCAAAGGAUUGUAUUACAUUUAUGCGCAGUCAAAGAACCUAAGACCAUUCCUUGUUCAUCCGCACUCGGCGUGUGAUGUCUGUCGGAGGCUUCUUGACUACCAUGUAAAACAUUAUCGAUGUUGCCACGGCGAGACCAUACCUAGGGUAUAUUAGUACAGAGGCGUGGGGAUGAAUAAGGUGGGGGGGAGGGGAGAUGGGAAUGGAUGAUAGCUUACCAGGUGAAGAUGUACUGGGCGUGGUUAUUCCUCAAGUUGACCUCUGCCGGCCUACCAAUGGGAAUGCCCUUACUUUCCAUGUCUAUAACUUGGAGCAAAUGCGGCUCUGCGAUGUAAGAAAUAAGAUUAGCCGAGUCGUUUCCCUCUCGUCCGAGAAAGAAACAUAACAUUCAAAUAAAUAAAACGAAAGAUAAAUUAAAUGCACUUACCCAUAGUCUGCUC